AUGGCGGACCCACAGCCCCAAGCACUCUUCACUCUUGUAACAUUGGAAUAUGAGACUCAGUUGCAGAUUCCAUACGGGGUGGGGGCUCCCGACUUUGACCGAAGCCAGUGGCUGAAUGAGAAAUUCAAGUUGGGCCUGGACUUUCCCAAUGAGAAAUGGAAGCCAGAGUACUUAGAGGGUCUCCCUGAGAAGAUGAAGCUCUGCUCUGAGUUCCUGGGCAAGCGGCCAUGGUUUGCAGGGAAUAAGGUCACCUGUGUGGAUUUCCUCGUCUAUGAUGUCCUGGAUCAGCACCAUAUAUUUGAGCCCAAGUGCCUGGACGCCUUCCCAAACCUGAAGGAUUUCAUGGCUCGUUUUGAGGUGAUGCCCUGAUCCUGUUUCCUCUUGGAUUCCCUACUUCCCUUCCUCCUUUCCAGGAUGAUUUCCUAAUCUUUAAAUUAAGAGACUAAUCAUCAUUUAUUGAACACUGCCUUUCUGUGAGGACCUGUGCUUAGCAUCUUACAUUAUAAGGUCAAAUUUGCCAUUACAAGGUAGAUAGAGUCAUGGGUGUGUCCCUAGCUCAGGGACUCAGCUCCCACCCCCAGGGGCAUGUCCUGUGUAGGCAGCACUCGAAUGGCUCUUCCUCUUUGUGCUGAAAUGAAAAACUUCAGGCGUUUGUUCAACCCGGGCUUUCUGUCUGGGACCCUUCUGAGAAGCAGAAUAUGGCAGAAGUGUGCAAGCAGCUAGCUGGCUUUAGUUAUUAGGAAGGUGAGGGUUCGUGUGAAUUUUUACAACCCAGUGAGUGUUGGUAGCUGACCUGCAGAGCACUUUGCUUCUCUCAUCCCCACUGUGGGAGCUGAGGGCUUGGACCGAGUAGACAGGCAGAGCCCUGUUGGAGGGGUUAUCUUUCUUAGGGUAGGGGACUUUCUUGCCUCCAUCUCCUGUCUUCUAAUGCUCCGGUUUCCAUCUGUGAGAUGAAGUCAUGCAUUUGCUUCAACACCUUUCACGUGAGGCGCAUUGUCAGGUCUCAGGGGACAGGCCCUGAACCCUCAUCCUGGCACUAAGUAUAGCACACUAGAUUGUGAGGUGUACCUAGUGUCACCUGGGGCCAGAGAUUGAAGCCUGACUGUCACUUCACAGAGGCUCACUCGGCAUCCAGGACCCUGGAUUGGAUGCUCCUAAAAUUCUACUUUACUAGAAAUUUCAUAAUUUGAAUCAUUAACUUAAUGUUUUGUUUCUAAGCCUGGAAUCUGUUUUCCUUCCCCACUUCCUGUCAAGUGAUGUGCUUUCUCAGCUAGUUCUCAUUAGCUCUGCUUCUGGUCCAAGUUGAAGAGUUUUGGGGAUUAUGCAAGAGCUGGUGUUGCUAUGGGAAAAAGUUGGGAGGGAGACUUGGAAGUUGCAGCCUGAGGCCUGGGGUUCUGGCUUGGUAAAAGAAGGUCGUCCUAGAUUUUAGAAUUCCUCAGCAAUUAGUUAACCUGGGAGCUGGAUCUUGGUAAGAACUCAUGCAAGCUGAGUGAAUUCAGCUGAUUCCUAUAUUAGAGCUAGAGAUAAGUUUGAUUGAGGUAUAGUAAUAUUGGACUUGGAUAGCAGAUGGGGAAAUUUAGACUUUCUGUUCUCUGGGAACAGAUCAGAGCCCUGCCCUCCUCCCUCCAUCCUAGAUGCUUCUACCCAGGAUCUGCUGAGUCACUGGGUGGGAUCUGGGCUCUUUUUCAAGCAUGUUCUGAGAACUCCUCUUUUUUUCCUGCCUGGUCCUUCCUCGAUGUGUAAAUACAGGCAUGUGCUUCCCUGUGGAAAAAGAAUAUGCCUGUGCAGACAGUGACAAGGCUGUGUGAAAAGGAAGAAGUUACUUAACCUCUCUGGUCUUUAGGUUUCCACCGGAUAAAUGAUCAGUUAGGACUUAGCUUGUAGGAUCAUUGAAUGGUUUUUUUUCCCAAACCUAUGGUGUACUAUCUAAAGGACACCAAGCCCUCACAAUGGUGGUUUCUCCAUCUGAUGGUCUCCUUAAGAUGGGACACUAGGAAAAGGAACUUGAAGAAAUUCUUUGCCAAAGUUGAGGCUGACUGCCCUGUUCCGUCUUGGGCCACAUGGAGUUCAUAGGGUUGAACUGCUCAGCCCAGUGGUGCUACAAACCAGAGCUUUGCAGUCUCCUUCCCACUCAUAGCCCUGACGAUCUCUGUCUACACGAAGUCCAGCUGCUUCCUUUCAGGCCCCAUGCCUUUGAAGAUGGCCCUGUGAGGUAACAAGUAGAGCCCUUAAUACCAGGGCCAGGAGGGAAUCUACUGCUACACUUGCUGUCCUUGGUCUGGGGCUCAUCUGCAACUCUGCAUCAGCCUUCCCACUCAGCCCUAUCUCCAUUCUCCUCUGAAAGGCUUUGGUGACUCCCCUUUCUACGCAGCCUCUCUGUAAGGGGAGGUUCUGAUACUAAGGUCAGUUCCCUAAUUGGUUCUUGAUUUGUCAAUAAAGAAUGCCGGGAGCCAGUUGCUGGAUGGAAGGUACAGGUAGGACUUCCAGGUCCCAAGAGGAAAAGGAGAUGCAGGGAAGGAUAGAGGGGCUUUUUUUUUUCUGCCAUGCUUUGGAACCAGAAGGCAGCAAUCAUGUAAGGUCUUGGGGCAGCUAGGGCCUGCUGCCUCUGCUACAGGCAGAUGGUCCAGAUGUUGGCAGGGGCUAAUUGAUACAAGCCACACGGUUUAGGGCAAAGGGAGAGAUAGAGAUAAUAAUUUGGGUAAGAGCAUGCCUUUCCAGAAGGUAGUUAUCUGCACCCAGCAAUUGUGUCUGGCAGGCACGUUCUAAAGUAAUAAAGUUGUCUGUGUGUCUUUUAUUCUUGGAUUCAAGGGUCUCAGGAGUGGGCUGGUAACAGGACCCCUCUGGGAACAAACCUGGGUGGAACAAAAGGGAGUCAGGAGGGGCCAGAGUGCAGGAUGCAGUCCCUGGGCAAAAGGCAGUAGUGUGUUUUUAAAACUACACGCAACACCUCUCCCCAAGCCAAGCCUUUGUUCACCCCAGCUCCCCAUUUCUUCACAGUCUCUUCCUCUCCUUUCUUGUCCUGCAUCCAAGCAGGCCUCAGCUUUGCUGGGGUGAUGAAGGGAUGCACUUAACUCUGUGGUUCCCCAGCACUGCCAGAAAAACCAAUCCUGUGUAUGUGUUAGUACUUAUCAUCAGCGUGAGGCUGCCCGCACUGCCAGAAAGACCAGCCCUCUAGUUUGUAGAUCUUGGUCCCCAGUACAAACCACAUAUGCUCUGUCUCGCUAUCUGUGUCUCUCAGGACAGACCACAUUGACUU